AUAGGCUAUAUUUUUCUCGUCAUUUGGGAUGUUUUGGAUUCCCUUUCUAAAAAGUUUGAGGCAUGAGACGUGGGAUUAUUUAUUUAUUUCUGGCUUCUUCGCGGCGCACAGAGUGGACAGGACUCAAAUUUUCCCCUGCGCGUCUGUGGUGAACUUGGAUUAGCGCGCUCUCUCCUCCACAUCUACUUUCUCUCUCCUAUCCUGUCCAACUCUCUCCGAAAAUAUGAUAGAUAUGUCACAGAUAUGACAUCAAUAACAACGACCACUUUUUGAAAUCGACUGAAAGAGAAGGGGUCUCACGGAAAAUGCAGAAGAGCGUGCGGUAUAAUGAGGGGCACGCUCUAUAUCUGUCGCUUGUCGCGCGCAAAGAGGGCACGAAACGCGGCAUCCUGAGCAAGAAGACGACGGAGAACAGUCGGUGGAAUGACAAGUACUUUGCUCUCUACCAGAAUGUGCUCUUUUACUUCGAGAACGACCAGAGCACACGGCCCUCCGGGAUUUACUUGCUGGAGGGGUGCACGUGCGAGAGGGUUCCCGCGCCCAAAGGCGCCACGGUCAGUAAGGACAUGGUGGACAAGCAGCAGCACUACUUCCUGGUGGUGUUUGGCCAUGACGGUCAGAAGCCUCUGGAGCUGCGGACAGAGGAGGAGUCAGACUGCAAAAAGUGGGUGGAGUCUAUCCAACAGGCCAGUUACUCUGACAUCAUCAUUGAGCGCGAGGUCCUGAUGCAGAAGUACAUCCACCUGGUCCAGAUCAUGGAGACAGAGAAGGUGGCGGCCAACCAGCUACGCACCCAGCUAGAGGACCAGGACACAGAGAUAGAGAGGCUGAAAGCAGAGAUCGUGCUGUUGAACAAGGCCAAGGAGAGGAUGCUGCCUUACCAGACCAACCAGGAGGAGGAGGACCCAGACAUUAAAAAGAUCAAAAAGGUCCAGAGUUUCAUGCGAGGCUGGCUGUGUCGGAGGAAGUGGAAGAUCAUCGUCCAGGACUACAUCUGUUCCCCCCACGCUGAGAACAUGAGGAAGAGGAACCACAUCGUGUUCAACAUGGUGGAGGCAGAGACCGAAUAUGUCUGCCAGCUCUCUGUCCUGGUCAACUUCUUCCUCAGGCCGCUACGUAUGGCCGCCAGCUCCAAGAAACCUCCCAUCAGCCACGAUGACGUUAGCAGCAUCUUCCUCAACAGUGAGACCAUCAUGUUCCUCCAUGAGAUCUUUCAUCAGGGCCUGAAGGCUCGGAUAGCCAACUGGCCUACGCUGGUUCUGGCGGACCUGUUUGACAUUCUGCUGCCCAUGCUGAACAUCUACCAGGAGUUUGUGAGGAACCACCAGUACAGCCUGCAGGUGCUGGCCAACUGUAAACAGAACAGGGACUUGGACAAGCUGCUGAAGCAGUAUGAGGCGAACGCUGCCUGUGAGGGACGCAUGCUGGAGACCUUCCUCACUUACCCCAUGUUCCAGAUCCCUCGUUACAUCAUCACUCUCCAUGAGCUGCUGGCACACACGCCUCAUGAGCACGUGGAGCGCAAGAGCCUGGAGUUCGCCAAGUCCAAACUAGAGGAGCUGUCAAAGAUGAUGCAUGAUGAGGUGAGCGAUACAGAGAACAUUCGUAAGAAUCUGGCCAUCGAGAGAAUGAUCGUAGAAGGCUGUGACAUAUUACUGGAUACCAGCCAGACCUUUGUCAGACAGGGCUCUCUGAUCCAGCUCCCAUCCAGCAGUGAACGGGGCAUGCUCAGUAAGGUCCGUCUAGGCUCUCUGUCCCUCAGGAAGGAAGGAGAACGACAGUGCUUCCUGUUUACGAAACACUUCCUUGUCUGCACACGCACCUCCGGGGGAAAGCUGCACCUGCUCAAGCAGGGUGGGGUGUUGUCCCUAAUAGAAUGUACCCUUGUAGAGGAGCUGGAUGCCAACGAUGAGGACUACAAUGCAGGAGGUCAGGGCUUCAACCACCUGGAGUUUAAAAUCGUGGUGGAACCCCCUGAUGGCCCCGCCUUCUCUGUCGUCCUAUUGGCUCCCUCCCGCCAGGAGAAAGCGGCCUGGACCAGUGACAUCAGUCAGUGUAUAGAUAAUAUCCGCUGUAAUGGCCUGAUGACCAGCGUAUUUGAGGAGAACUCUAAAGUAACUGUGCCGCACAUGAUCAAGUCGGACGCACGGCUGCACAAAGAUGAUGUGGACAUCUGCUUCAGCAAGACGCUCAACUCCUGCAAGGUCCCCCAGAUCCGCUACGCCAGCGUGGAGCGGCUGCUGGAGAGGCUGACUGACCUGCGCUUCCUCUCUAUCGACUUCCUCAACACCUUCCUCCACACGUACAGGAUCUUUACUACCGCUGCUGUGGUCAUGGACAAACUGGCCGACAUAUACAAGAAACCUUUUACCUCUAUACCGGUCAGGUCUCUGGAGUUGUUCUUUGCCACCAACCAGGGGACGUGGGGAGGCGAGCACCUCAACAACAAAUCUCCCCGUCUAUGUCGCAAGUUCUCCUCUCCUCCUCCUCUCACCAUCCCCUCCCGCACCUCCUCCCCGGUUCACUCCCGCAAACUCUCCCUCUCCUCCCCGGUCUCCUCCAAGGCAGGAGUCCUAGACCUCUCCACCCCUUCCUCCUCUGCUGCUAACUCCCCCACUUCCUCUCACCCUCCCUCCAUCUCCUCCCCCCCUCCCAACGCCACCAAGCCCCCUUCAGAGUUUUCCUCGCCUCCUCCCACCUCCACCCGGGCUCCAUCGGGGUUCUCGUCCCCCCCUCCCACCUGCACGCGGGCUCCCAGCCUGCCAACAGUCCUGGGGGUCUCCACCUCCCCUCCCACCACCACAAAAGCCCUUCUAGAACUGAGCCGCCCCACCGGUUCACCGGAACCUGUCCCCCCAACGCCGGAAGAGGGAGGAGACAUGCCGCGCAUCGAUGCAUUCUGUGGAAAACUCAGACGCAGCAUCCGCAGGGCUGUUCUGGAGACGGUUUCUCUGGAGAAGUUCCUCCCAGAGUCUAACCCUCAAGUCAGCGAGGACCGCGUCCCCCUGACAGAGUCCCCCUGUCGCUCGCCCUCUACACCCAGACACAUGCGAUACAGACAGUCUGGAGGUUCCACAGGGGAAAACAAUCGUGGUACUAUGUCACCAGCCUCAGCCUUCGCUAUUGCCACGGCAGCCGCCGGACACGGCAGUUCCCAGGGUUUCAAUAAUAGUGAGAGGACUUGUGACAAGGAGUUUAUCAUCCGUAGAGCUGCUACCAACAGAGUCCUCAACGUACUGCGUCACUGGGUCUCCAAGCACUCACAGGACUUUGAGAUGAACAGUGAGCUGAAGGUGGGUGUAAUGACCCUUCUGGAGGAGGUGCUACGAGACCCAGACCUGCUGCCUCAAGAGAGGAAAGCCACCGGAAACAUUCUAAGUGCCCUUUCUCAAGAUGAACAAGAUGAUGCUCAACUCAGGAUAGAAGACAUCCUACAGACGGCGGAGUGUCCCAAAGCAGAGUGUUUUGAGUCUCUGUCUGCGAUGGAGCUGGCUGAACAGAUCACCCUGCUAGACCACAUUGUGUUCAGGAGCAUCCCUUACGAAGAGUUUCUGGGCCAGGGCUGGAUGAAGCUGGACAAGUCAGAGAGAACUCCAUACAUCAUGAAGACCAGUCAGCACUUUAACGAUAUGAGUAACCUGGUAGCGUCUCAGAUCAUUGCCCAUACAGACGUGGGCUCCAGGGCGAACUCCAUAGAGAAGUGGUUGGCGGUUGCUGAUAUCUGUCGCUGCCUUAACAACUAUAACGGAGUUCUAGAGAUCACCUCAGCUCUCAACCGUAGCGCCAUCUACAGGCUGAAGAAGACAUGGGCCAAAGUCUGCAAACAGACCAAGUCAUUGAUGGACAGGCUGCAGAAGACAGUGUCAUCAGAGGGCCGGUUCAAGAACCUGAGAGAAACCCUGAAAAACUGCAACCCUCCCUGUGUGCCCUAUCUGGGGAUGUAUCUGACUGACCUGGCCUUCAUCGAAGAGGGAACGCCCAACUUCACCGAGGAGGGACUCGUCAACUUCUCCAAGAUGAGGAUGAUGUCUCACAUCAUCAGAGAGAUCCGUCAGUUCCAGGGUGCGCCCUACAGGAUAGAGCACCAAGCCAAGGUAACACCCGCCACACAGUCAAUCAAUGUUUCUAGCUACAACCCUGUUAGAACUAACUGCCUCGCCGUGCUUCCUCUCCGUCUCGCUCUCUCCCAGGUAACUCAGUUCCUGCUGGAUAAGACUCUGGUGAUGGAUGAGGACACGUUGUAUGAGCUGUCCCUGAAGAUUGAACCCCGCAUCCCUCCUGGCUAAACACACAGAAACACCACCCAGUCGCUCUCAGUCCAGCUGCAUCAGACACUUAGUAAUUAGUGUUCUUAUUGUUAUCUGCUUGGUAACAAUGGAACCAGUGGACGGGAGAGCCCUGAGAAUCCCCCGGUUAAGGGUUCCUGUUACUUUAUCAGCAUUGCCAAUGAUUAUGCUUAAGAACUCUGGUGAAGAUGUGCCUUGCUUGUAAAUAUGUACAUAUCAAGAUUUAGUAAUAAACUGUAAAGUGUGUUUAUAACAUGUUAUAAUGAUUUCCUGAUGAUCUUGCAUGCAUUUCCAUGUAUACAUUUACAUUGCUCUGAAAAAGCCUCAAGUAGAACCCAGAUAGAGUCAUGUAUGGCUGUGACUGAUUAUGAGAGAGACGUCUAGACUAAUGGCAGCUUGCCAGACUAAUGGCAGCUGUGGGCAGACUAGUGGGGAGGAACAGUGGCGGUCACUAUAUUGCCCUCUACUGGUGAACUGGUGAAAGUCAGCCUCAUAUCAAAUAGUGAUAACAUUCCCCAAAGGUUUUUGCACUUCCUUGAAGACAUCUCCAUGGGUCCACCGGAACCCGAAUACCCGAGACCCGACCGGGUUCAAAAUUCAAUAUUUUCCUUGGGGUCCGGGUUGUGUCCUGUCUGAUUGUCAUCGGGUCUCCGGUCUAUUUAACUACAGCUGAUAGACUAGAGUGGACCCGAGUGGACCCGACCACAGCUCUGCAUAGCCUAUAGCAUAUUUAUUAUACGCUAAUAAGGUGAAUUUAUUGACUUAUAGAAGGCCUAGCCAAAAUAUAAAAACCUAUUUGUUAACCAGAAGACCAACUUGGAAGAUAAACAUUAUUUUUUUGUCACUCGGGUCCAAUCGAGUCUAUCUGUGUCUGUUGAACAAUUACCUGAUUGGUUCUGGCCUUGUUCCUGUUGACACACACUGAUGAUGUAAGCAUGGACUUUACAUCCCGUCAUUUAGCAUGUUCAUUUAUUUACUUAUUUAUUAAGCAUUUGAAACAUUGUUUUAGUUCUGUCUAUUGUUGUAUUCACACUGGGCACAGACAUCAAUUCAACAUGUAUUCCACAUUGGUUCAACCAGUGUGUUCCCCGUGGGUUCUCUGUAUAAAGGUUUUAAACUGUUAUUUGUGACAAGAAACAUUUUAAGAAGAUAUUCGCAUAUGAGGAGCCACUUUUCUCAACCUUGUAAUUAUGCACAAUCUAAUAUACUGUAGCUAAUUCUCCCCAGAGCCAGACAGUGUAUAGAGAAUAUACAUGUACGGCUUUACCUUUGCCAGUCCUGACCCAAAUCGCAGUUUCAGAAAUGUUCUUCAAUUAAGUGUAACAUGUCUGUUUUGCGAAUGACGACAUUCAAGUAAAGGGACUUGACCCAAGCGGUCGUUACAGUUUACUUACAACUUGUGUCUGAAUAUUUCUCAAUGUUGUAAUUUAUCUCUGGAUGUGUUUAUUUAUUAGUAUUUGUUCCAUUUUUAUCUGAUUACUUGUUAAACAGUAUUAUUGGAAAUCUUGCGCUAUUGAUUUGUAAAGUAUGUCAAUAGAUGUGUAACUUCUUGGAGCUUUUGGAUCGUUAAAGCGGUACGUUUCUCUUUCCUUACAGUGUUGUUCUUCAGAUAACUGCUUUUCCCAGACUGCUUCCGUUUUCUACAGUCCUGAAUGGCAGGAAUCUCUCACAUCCUGAUAGCAUCCACGGUCCUGCUUUUAUACCUGAACAUGUACUUUGUUAUAAAACCUGCUGUUUAACCGCUGUAUUUUUCCAUGCACUUCCUUAGAGAAUGUACAGAUUUACA